UUUUGCAUGCAUUUUAAUUACUAUUUUGAACUUUUCCUAAUGAAUUACGAUCUUCUACUGUCUUAAUUCACUGCUUCUGUUGUUUUGCUAAAUGCAGUUCCCGACCAUUGCAGCUAAGCUGAUCCGUACAGUCAAUGCGUCAACGACCAGAACGACAAACAAUAAUAGAGCAGCAGAGCAGAGCUGCUUGUCCCUUCUCCAAGCCUGCAACACUGUCGCUAAAGUCGUUCAACUCCAUGCUCGGAUUCUCAAACUGGGUCUGCAAAACAACCCGCUGGUUCUUACCAAGUUCACCUCUACAUCCUCCGAACUUGGGGCCACUGACUAUGCCUCUUCCUUCUUGUUCUGUCCUGACGCCGAUACUCGUCUCUACGACACUUUCCUUUUCAAUACUAUGAUUAGAGCUUAUGCGCAGACCAGUCACUCGAAGAACAAAGCUUUAUGUUUGUACAAUGGCAUGCUUCAUUUUGGAAUUUCGCCCAAUAAAUUCACAUACCCUUUUGUCCUUAAGGCUUGUGCUGGGGUUGGAGACUUGAAUGUAGGGAAAUCGGUUCAUGGGUCGGUAGUGAAAUAUGGAUUUGAUGAUGAUGUUCAUGUUCUGAAUACUAUGGUUCACAUGUAUUGUUGCUGUGAUGGGGGUAUCGAGUGUGGUCGAAAAGUGUUUGAAGAAAUGCCCAAGUCGGACUCUGUUUCGUGGAGUGCAAUGAUUGGAGGGUAUGCGCGUCUGGGAUUGUCGACGGAAGCUGUUGGGUUGUUUAGAAAAAUGCAGAUUGAGGGAGUUCGUCCAGAUGAAAUUACUAUGGUGUCUGUUCUUUCUGCUUGUGCGGAUUUAGGUGCUCUUGAGCUUGGGAAGUGGGUUGAAUCCUACAUUGAGAAAGAAGGAAUUCAGAAAACUGUGGAGCUCUGUAAUGCAGUCAUCGACAUGUUUGCAAAGUGCGGUGAUGUUGAUAAAGCUUUGAAAUUGUUUAGAAAUAUGAGUGAGAAAACGAUUGUUUCUUGGACUUCUGUUAUUGUUGGACUGGCAAUGCAUGGUCGUGGUUUGGAGGCCAUUUCUUUAUUUGAGGAAAUGAUAGGAAAAGGGGUAACUCCUGAUCAUGUUGCCUUCGUAGGUUUGCUUUCUGCUUGUAGUCAUUCUGGAUUAGUUGAGAAAGGAAAAAGUUUUUUCAGUAUAAUGACACAAGAAUAUGGUAUUGCACCUAGGAUAGAACACUAUGGAUGCAUGGUGGAUAUGUUAUGCAGAACUGGGCUUGUUAAUGAAGCACUGGAAUUUGUUAAAAAAAUGCCCAUUGAACCAAACCCGAUAGUUAUGCGAACCUUAAUCAGUGCUUGCCGUGUCCAUGAUGAGCUCAAGCUUGGAGAAAGCAUCACUAAACUGCUAAUUGAGAAUGAACCUAUGCAUGAGUCAAACUACGUACUACUUUCCAACAUUUAUGCAAAAAUGUUCCACUGGGAGAAGAAAACCAAGACUAGAGAAGCAAUGGACAAGAAAGGAAUGAAAAAAAUCCCCGGGAGCACUAUGAUUGAGCUAGAUAAUCAAAUUUAUGAAUUUGUGGCCGGAGAUAAAUCACAUGAGCAAUAUAAAGAAAUUUAUGAGAUGAUGGAUGAGAUGGGAAGGAAGAUGAAAAGGGCUGGUUACGUUCCUAGUACAUCAGAGGUGUUGCUAGAUAUUGAUGAAGAGGACAAGGAAGAUGCUCUGAACAGACAUAGUGAAAAGCUGGCUAUUGCUUUUGCCCUCUUGAAUUCACCACCAGGAACUCCUAUUCGAAUAGUGAAGAAUUUGAGAGUUUGUAGUGAUUGCCACUCUGCUACCAAGUUCAUAUCUAAGAUCUAUAAUCGAGAAAUAGUGAUUCAUUCAUUGAAACACAGUUGAUAUCUAGAAUGGUGGAUUGUCUGUCCAAUGAUGCCCCGUGAUCCUUUGCAAAAUGAGAUGGUCUCAAAGGCUACCAUUAUCCUCUAAAAAUUCUGGCACUACUGGACACGUUCCUUUGCUCUGAAACAACAAAUGUGGGAGUUGAGGAAUCAUUUGUCUGAAGAAUACAUGAGACAUGAUAUGUGCCAUAUGGUGAGUGAUUAAAAUGUAUAUGCUGAUGCUGCUGACCUAAAUUCACUGCUUGAUGUGUGGAUAUGCUGCCUUAGAAAUUUGUCCUUUGUUAGCUUUGAUCUUUGCAAAUAAUCUCAGCUUUUUGAUCAUGUAAAUCUUCUACAAGACGGAAGGGAUUAUUUUCAGCAGGGGCAAUUUUUGUUAUGAGACAAGACCAGGCUAACUAACUUUCAAUCUAUGUACAAUUCAUCUCAUAGUAUUGUAAUAAUGACUCAUAAAUUACAAACAAUUAGCUAAUGUGAAGACAUGUUUUCUACACAGUUGA